GUUCCAGGUGACCUCGGCAUGCAUCCCAGCUCCCUCCAAUGAUCUGCAGCGCAGAGGGACCGCUCCUUCUCGACACAUCCAGCACAUGGGGUCCACCAAGUCUCUGACCUAUGCCAAACAGAGAAACACCCUGCCAAGGAGCUUCAGCGUGGACCGCGUGAUGGAGAGAGUCAUGGAGCGCCACUACGACUUCGACCUGACCUACAUCACCGAGAGGAUCAUCUCCGUUUUCUUCCCCCCAAAGCUGGAAGAGCAGAGAUACCGUAUAAACCUGAAGGAGGUGGCCGCCAUGCUCAAGUCCAAACACCAGGACAAAUUUCUGCUCCUGAACCUCUCUGAGAGGCGCCACGAUAUCGCCCGACUAAACACAAAGGUUCAUGACUUCGGCUGGCCCGACCUCCACGCCCCGCCGCUAGAUAAGAUCUGCGCCAUAUGUAAGGCCAUGGAGACGUGGCUGACCUCUGACCCCCAGCACGUGGUGGUCCUGCACUGCAAGGGCAACAAAGGUAAAACAGGCGUCAUCAUUGCAGCGUACAUGCACUACAGCAAGAUCUCUGCAGGGGCGGACCAGGCUCUCAGUACUCUCGCCAUGAGGAAGUUCUGUGAAGAUAAGGUGUCCUCUUCCCUCCAGCCGUCCCAAAACAGGUAUAUCUAUUACUUUGGGGGCCUCCUGUCCGGGGCCAUCAAGAUGAACAGCAGCCCUCUCUUCCUCCACCAAGUUCUCAUCCCGUCACUCCCCAACUUCCAGGGUGAAGGAGGUUACUACCCCUUCUUGAAGAUCUACCAGUCCAUGCAGUUGGUGUACACUUCAGGCAUAUAUGACCUUCAAGGCACAGGAGGCAGACGACUAUGUGUGACCAUUGAACCAGCACUGCUGCUAAAGGGUGACAUCAUGGUCAAAUGCUACCACAGGCGAGCUCAGAGCGCCGACAGAGACACUGUGUUCAGGCUGCAGUUCCACACCUGCACCUUCCACGGAUCCCAGCUUUGGUUUGGCAAAGGGGAGCUGGAUGAAGCUUGUACUGAUGAGCGUUUUCCAUCUGAUGCCACAGUUGAGUUUGUCUUCUCCUCUGGACCUGAGAAAAUCAAAGGCCGUGAGUACCAGAAGAACGACCCAGCUGUCACUGUCGACUACAACACUGCUGACCCAGUGGUUCGCUGGGAUUCCUAUGAGAACUUUAACCAGCGAUACCAGGACAGCCUGGAAGAUAUCGCCCACACCAGAGGUCCUCUCGAUGGCAGUCUCUAUGCUCAGAUAAAGAAGCGCAGAGGCCCCGGCUCUGGUUCUCUCACCUCAACCAAUGGCAGCAGCCCAGGAACCGGCCUUGGAGAAGACAGGCCGGACCACGUCAUCACUCGAGGCUCUGACUCCGCCCUCUCAGCCCAUUCCGUCCAUUUGAACCAAUCGUCCAUCCACCCUGAUCUCCAGGAGGAGCCAGCUCGCCUGCUGCCCCCAACCAGACAGGAAAGAGAGGAGCUUGAACGUCUUCUCGGAGGCAUCGAGGGAAACCGGGAUGGAGAGCGAGAGACCGCCAUCUUGGAUGAUGGAGACUCUUUGCCCUCUGAGAGAACUGGGACUCUAAGGCUGAGUCGGUCCUGUUCCUGCCGGGAUGGUUACCGAUCCCAGCGCUGCGCCGAGCCGGGCUGCGACCGCACCCUCCUCAUGCCUAAUGGUUACUGCCUCGACCGCGCUCCUGGCACCAACGGGCACCAUGGGGCGACCCCUUCUGCCAGCCCCAACCCAGCUGCUCCUCCAUCACACAUGGAUCUGUGCCAGCACUACAGCCCCCAUCCCCACCAGUCCCUGCCACCUCCUGAUCUAGUGUGGGACCGCCAGAGUGGCCCACCGCACUACCUACACCGCUCCUGCUCUGAGGCGUCCUCGUCUCGACAUAUCUGCCCGUAUCCAUCGCCAGACCUUGCCCCUCACUCUCACAACCAUCCACAUCACCACCCUCUGUCUGCUCCAGGUCGCCUCUGCUGUCGAGAAGAUGACUACGGCCCCUAUCACCAUCCUCCUGCACCUCACAGCCACCACCAUCCUCACCCACACCACUCCAAACCCUCCACCAGCCCUACCUACCAUGACAUAAUGCUAAUGGACGGCCUGCCGCCUCCUGGCUGCCCCUGCAGAGACUGCAGCAUCAGGAGGGAAGAUUCGGCGGCCUAUCACAGCCUGAGGUUGGACCAAGGUGACGGCUUCCACUGGGACAGAGAGGCGGAGCUUCAGCAAAGGGAAGUGGGGCUGAGGAGAGCCAGGGAGGCAGAGUUACCCAGAGGGUCAGAGCUCCACUGGGAGAGGGAUCCCGGGCUGAGACGAGGCAGAGAGUUGUCCCUCCACUGGGAGAGAGACAGGGAGGCUGAGCUGCAGUGGGAGAGGGACAGAGAGGCUGAAUAUUGGCACAGGAGGGCCACCGUAGCCUCCUACGGCCCACAGGGUCAUGAUCUUCCAGCCUUUACAUUUGACCCCUUGCCAUCAGGUCAUCCGGCUUAUCCAGAGGCAUCGAGGUCCCACGCUCACUCCCACCUGGACCUGAAGUACAGCAGCAGCAGCAGCGGGUACCAAACGCCCCGCCAGGUGUGCCCCUGCUCGCCAUACCAGCCGUCGCCUUCUGAAAGCAGGGGCUACGCCUCAGGCUACCAGUCUGAGUCCACGUCCCCACUGCCCCCAGCUUCCUCCAUGACGGGGCCUUGCAGCCAUAGCAACGGGCCAACAGAGCAUAACCACAACCACCAUCACCACCCAGACUCACAGCAGUCAUAUGGCUCUGACUCACACACUGAUGGCCUCCGGAGCUCUGGUGAAAGUGUGGGCUGGAGGGAUCACAUCACCCACGGUUCCUUUAAGAGGGUCCACAGAGAUGGACAUGCUGCAUGCUCCACGCCGUCUGACAUGUCUGGACCGCCCACUCCUGUACACACCAGCAGCCCACUACGCACACAGGAGAGCCCCAGUCCAGGAGGGAGAGAGUAUGAGAUCCGGACCACAGACAUCCUCAGCAGUGACUACGAGCCUUCCCAGCCCCAGGACAGACACUAUCGUGCUGAUGAUAUCGUCCAGGAAUCCCUGGAAAGCCAAAGAAGCAGCACAGAGCCGUCAUCCUCGCCUCAAGCGACCAAAGACACACAAUCACACACAUCCACGCCCAAACAAACAGAAACACACACUCACUGCACUGCACCAACAGACCCGUCCCCGACUACUUCCCAACAGCAGCACUGUAGCCCAAAUACACCGUCAGCUUCGACGAUGCAGAACACAUCUUCUUUUGAUUCUGCGACACCAAAUCCAUCAAACCAGGGACUCUGCCAGGCUCCCUCAUCCCCAACCCAUGCUUUGUCUGCAACAGAUAAACACACUCAGCCUGGCCCUCUGCAUCUCCAGACCCCUCAUCCUUCAGAGGCUGCUGCUCUGCCCUCCACUGUGGCACAGGUUGUGCCCCAGCCUCAGAGCCAGAGCCAAACCCAAGCCGCCGGAUCUCCAGGACAGGUCAUCGGAAAUUCUGCAACCAGAGAACCUCACACAGAAAUCGCAAAACCUACAACUGCCCCCAAUGCCACAUCGGCCCCUGCAUCUCCUACCACAGCUUCACCAGUAUCACCCCAGCCAGCCUCCAAUAGCAUGGAGGGCUCUCCAGUCUCCGAUGCUCCGGUCCCUGGCUUUGCCACUUUGGGUAGGAGGUUGAUGUUGAGUGGGCCAGACUCCCACCACCCAAACAACAUCCAGCAGCACGGACCACCACAACACCAGUACCCAGGCAUGGAGCACAGCGCUGCUGUACACACUCUGGACUAUAACAAGAGGCCCUGCUACUCCGCUCACACUCCUCAACUCCAUCCAUCCUCUCACUCCAACUACUCCACUAUCUCCAUCCCCCUGCCUCACCCACAGCCACCUUUGCCGGAGAAGCGUCACCCACCGGGACAGUCAGGUUCACCUGGCGAGGGGAUGGGAACUCUGAGGCCAGCUGUGGGUCAAGUGCCUCCCUCCAAUGCCAGCACCACCCAGCUCCAUGUCACAUUCUCUCCCACCGUCGGGGAAAUAGCACCUCCUGCAGGCAAAAAUGAUGGCGUGGCAUCUGUGGAGAGUGAAAACAGGGUCAGUGUGAAGUUUGUCCAGGACAGUUCAAGGUUCUGGUACAAGCCUGGCAUCUCCAGAGAGCAAGCAAUCGCAGCUCUAAAAGAGAGGGAGCCGGGAACCUUCCUGAUCAGGGACAGUAACUCUUUCCAGGGGGCCUAUGGCCUGGCCCUGAAGGUGGCUACACCUCCACCCAAUGUCAACAACCACAGCAGCAAGGUGAGCGACCCUCUUGAGCAGCUGGUCAGACACUUCCUAAUAGAAACAGGCCCCCGAGGAGUCAAGAUUAAAGGGUGUCAGAAUGAGCCCUGCUUUGGGAGUCUGUCUGCAUUAGUCUACCAACACUCCAUCACACCAAUCUCUCUGCCCUGCUCCCUCAAGAUUCCAGAAAAAGAUCUGAUUGGAGAGGUGCCGGAGGUUCAGCCGGUGAAUAACAUCAGCACGGCGGCUGACCUGCUGAAACAAGGAGCAGCCUGUAACGUCCUCUACCUGAACUCUGUGGAAACAGAGUCUCUCACCGGCCCCCAGGCCAUUGCCAAGGCAACAGAUGCUUCCUUGGGUCGUAACCCCCGCCCCAAUGCCACUGUGGUCCAGUUCAAGGUGACAUCACAGGGCAUCACGCUGACUGACAGCCAGCGCAGGCUUUUCUUCAGAAGACAUUACCCAGUGAACAGCGUAACCUUCAGCAGCAUCGACCCUAAGGACAGGAGGUGGACUAAUUCAGACAAUACCACCGUUAAGGUGUUUGGUUUUGUAGCCAGGAAGCCGGGCAGCUUGGCAGAGAACGUUUGCCACCUGUUUGCCGAGUUGGACCCCGAACAACCAGCCUCUGCCAUCGUCAACUUUAUCAACAAGGUCAUGUUGUCACAGCGCCGAUAGAGAAAGACAAAGAGAGCAAACGGAACUCAGAGCAGACAAAAGCGGCACACAGUAUAAAGGAGCAGCACUUUUGUCGUACGUAACGGCCAAGUGUCAGCACUUGAGUUUUGGCCUUGACUUAGUGCUGUCUUUGUCCAUCAGUUGGUCCAAAGACAUUUUAAAGGCAACUGAAUAUCAUAGUCCAGUCUGAUGGUUUUAAUUUGCUCAUUUUCCACUCUGAACAGUCAAUGUGGUUGAGAAUGCAAUUUAUUAUCAUUAUUUUUGAAUUUUCUAAUAUAGAGAAGUAUUAUUGGACGAAAAGAAACAGUGUUCAAACAAAGCCAUGAUGUAUAGUGUUACAACUCCUCCGAGGACAGGGAGUCUUCAGAGAAAACUUCCAAAAUCCAAAGAGGCUCUCCAAGAACAACAAAAUCUAUAAGGGGCCUGAAUCAUAAAGAGAGAUUAGUGGGUAAUCUUUGGCAAAACUCAUGUUUUCUGGUGUCAUGAAGCUGGCUCACUUUUAACCAGGGUAGAUCGCCAUGGUAACAGGAAGGUUU